GAGCCGGGGUGCAAGGGGGCAGGCUGGAUUAGGCGGGGCAGGAGCGGGCCGGGGCUCUGAGUGUCAACAAGGGAUAGGUUACGAGGGAAUUGAAGGUUGGGGUCAGAGCUGUCUGGGGAUGCCGCAGGGGGAGGGUUCUCACGCCUCACGGGGCGGGGCUCCGGGAGUCGGGGCGGGACGUGGAACGGAGACGGGUGGGACCUCUGAGCUUGUGCCAGUGGAAGGCGGAGCUCCAGGGCUGGGGGCGGGGCUAGGACUGGUGAGGGACGGAGGCUGGCCCUUGGAGGAGGAGCUGGAACAGGCGGAAGGAGGAGCCUCGGGUUUGGAGACCGAGGGGGAAGGAGCCCAGGCACUGGGGGCGCGGCCUCAGCCGGUGAGUGGCGCGGCUACAGUUCAGGAAAAGGGGUCUAGUCCUGUCGGGGGCGGGACUACAGGGCCGGGGGCGGAACCACGCCCUCUAAAGGGUGGGGCUAAGGAGCCCAGCGAAGGGGUAGGCCCAGGUAAUGGCCCGGGGCGUCCACGCGGGGGCGGUCUCCGUGGUGGCCGUGCCUGGGGGCGCGGUAGGCCGAGAACUCCCCCGGGAGAGGUGGUGUGGGUGGAGCGGGCUCGGCGGCCACCCGACACGGGGCCAGUCUGGGUGCCCCGCAGGCCCCCGAGGGCUCAGAGUUGGGGCGGCGCCUCGGGCGGAGGCACAGGACCAGCCUGGGGGGUACCCCCGGAGGACAGGGGCUCCCCGGAGCCACCCAGUGGCGAUGUGUGGGUGCCUCGGGGCCGACCCCCUGCGGCAGCCGCAGAGGUGUGGGUUUGCUGGGCGGGAGGCAAUUGGGUGUGGCGUGAAUGGGGUCGCCCGGUUGGGGCAACUGCUGCGCAGCCAGAUAGGGUUUGGACUUCGCGGAAAGGGACAGGGGGGAAUUGAAGAGCAGAGCUGGGGACUGGGAGGGACGGAAGGGCAGGGGGUGAGCAAAGGGGCUGGACCCUGGCUGCUGUGGCCUCCCCUGACCCCCUCCCCCCGCUGCUGGGGUCCUCGGGCAAGCCCCCUUCUCCCUGGACUGGUAAGUGUGGCCGCGGAGCCUGGGGGAGGGGGCGGUGACACGGGACAAGGGGAUCCCCAGGGGCAGGCAAGGUACGGUGGGGUGGAAUCCUCCUGGUACUUGCCCGUAUUCCAUGCCCUCCCGUUCCUCUCCCCCGGUUGGUUGGUCGGGGUCUGUCCCCGCAGAAACAUGAGGCUGAGCUGGGUCCUGACAGUAUUGUCCAUCUGCCUGAGCGCCCUGGUCACGGCCGCCGGGGCCGAGGGCAAACGGAAGCUGCAGAUCGGAGUCAAGAAACGGGUAGACCACUGUCCCAUCAAAUCACGCAAAGGGGACGUCCUGCACAUGCACUACACGGGUAAGCUGGAAGAUGGAACAGAGUUUGACAGCAGCCUGCCCCAGAACCAGCCCUUUGUCUUCUCCCUGGGCACGGGCCAGGUCAUCAAGGGCUGGGACCAGGGGCUGCUAGGGAUGUGUGAGGGGGAAAAGCGGAAGCUGGUGAUCCCAUCAGAGCUAGGGUACGGAGAGCGGGGAGCUCCCCCAAAGAUUCCAGGCGGUGCAACCUUGGUGUUCGAGGUGGAGCUGCUCAAAAUCGAGCGACGUUCAGAACUGUAGCCAAACUGGGGAGGGCUGGGGGAGAGGCCCCCAUCUGGGACCAGACUGUUUAAAGAAAGAAAAAAAACUUUAAAGCCCA